UCGCUUUUGACAACUUUACCGGAGGGAUUCCACCUUCACGCCGCUCCAGGAGUUGUUCCAGUAGAUAGAACUUUGCAACCCACACCUCUUCCAGCCUUUUUGUCGACAUAUAUUCCAAAGGUAAGAUGUGUGGUUUAUGGUGUAACUUACGUCUCCUCAAUAUCGCACGGCACGGUUUGAUAUCGUUCAUUGUUGUGUAGCUGCAAAUGUUUCCUCCAACGCGCAAACUUAUUGGUUACUUUGAGGUCAUAUAGCUUCUGAAUGGGCAACAAAGGCUAGGGGUGCACUGUUCACCAACGAAUGUUGAUAAUUCCCUGAGUUUUGCUUUGGACGCGUAGAAAUUUUUUAAUAUAACAAACCACGUAAUGACUGGUCCCUCCCUUCUUUUAUAUAUCAUUCGUAUGGGGGCACCAAAGUUCCAUAUAUGUGCUGCGUAUAUGGGAAUUUAGGGUAUCUUUCUUUACUUUGCCACAAUCUAAUGAGUCUGUUGUUCUUCAUCUAGGUGACGGCAGGAACUAGCGUUUACCAAUGCAGUGACCGUAGCUCUGCAUACGAGAUUCAGGAACUGUUACAGGGAGGCUCAGAACUCUGUCGGAAUCUCCUGUUGUACGGGACCCCUGACCUUGAAGAAGUGAACUUUGCCAAGCGUCAUCUCUUUCCUCCACCGCUUGGCGGAUUGGAAGGUUCAGCACCAGAAACUGGAUGGUCCUUCGUGCAAAUCCCAGGUGUGGUUGAGUGUUUCUUCAACAAAAUAUUCUCCACACUGUUGUCAAUACAUUUGUUAUAGUGUUCACGAUGAGAAUUGAGUUAACAAUCAUUUUUUGGUUAAGCCUGUAAGUAAGCUCUUUUGGGGAGGGUUGGGGUGGGGGUGGGGGAGCCUCUUGGGGUGGCGGAGAAAAAAUAAGGAGAUGAAAGUCAAGAUGUGUGGCCUGUCACCACAUUUAGUUUAUCAAGAUGACAUCAUCACCAAAUUUGUCUCCGCCAAUCAGCAUUUUACACCAACUUUUUCGAUGCAGAGAUUCAAAUUUCUUAGACGUGACCGCAAACUCUCGUGUUCUUCCGUCCCCAGCUCCCAGAAUCCCGCAGAGAAGCUGCUCGCAGGCAAUCUUCGUUUGUAGCCAUUCCUCUCAAUCUCCUGGCCUUUUUGUUUGAGAAAGCGGUGUUAUUGAAAGGAGAAAUUAACCUUGGAUGACUUGGGGAAGGGGGGGGGAGGGGUGGGAAGCGACGCUCAUAUUCGGAGCAGGAAUGCUAAUUCGUUAGUUUGGGCAGGAGGUGGGUUUGAGUGACUGUACUGUUGGUCUUUCAGUGCAUUGACAGUGUAGAUAGUUCUUGUUUGUAAUGGAGUGCAUCUCUUUCUUUUUAGACCGCAAUGCAUUGAUUACAGACAGCGGCAAACUUACAGUACUCGAUGGACUGCUGAGAAAACUCAAGCUUCAAGGACACAGAGUGUUGAUCUACUCCCAAAUGACAAGAAUGAUUGACCUGUUAGAGGUAAAAGGCAUUUUAUUCAUCACUGCAUUGAAACAUAAAAUAAUAGGAAGCCUUCCCCCCUUUGACUGAUUAGCUUUCCAUUUAUUUAGGAGCAGGGGAAGGAGGGGGGGGGGCAAUGUCAUUGUUGAAUAUCAUGUAAAUUGCCAUUCGUUUUAUGUGUAAUCAAUUCGUAUUUUUUUAAGGAGUACAUGACCUACCGAAAACACAAGUACAUGCGCUUGGAUGGCUCGUCCAAAAUCUCCGACAGAAGAGACAUGGUGGCCGAUUUUCAAAAUAAGUAAGUCCCUCUCUACAGAAGUAUCUGAAGGGAGUUAAAGUUUUCGCGACUACAGACUACCUACUACGGGCUUUUAUACUACUUCACCCCACAGUCUUAAAUUUGGUAUGUUGACUACUGAAUCUAAGGAUUUUGAUUGCCCAGUUCGAAAAGAUGGGUACGAAUCCAUAAAAAAUAGAACACAAAAACCUUUGUACAUUCGAAUUCUUUUGUCUAUACACAUUUGCAAGCCACGAAAAUUCAGUGUUAAGUAAGUUGCAAUAGUCUUUCUAACCUUCUAAGAAUGAAGGGUUUGUAUAAAGCUUCAGCCAUUGAAUAGAAACAAAGCGCAUUCUUUGCAUUGGCUAGCGAGUGUUAAUAGUUCUUAUUUGUAUUUAUGCUGUAAGCUUUCCUUUUCAGCGCGGACAUUUUUGUUUUCCUGCUGAGCACCCGAGCAGGGGGUCUGGGGAUCAAUCUCACUGCUGCUGACACGGUAAGAAACCUUUCGUAGAGUAUGUCCUGUAGAAAGCAUCAUUUGUCUUUUUGUCAAGUCCAAGUCUAAAGCUUUAUCUUCUGCAUUUGACAGGUAAUUUUCUAUGACAGCGACUGGAAUCCCACUGUGGAUCAACAGGUAAAGAGUUGUUAUUCUGAAUUACGGAUACAGUCAAAUCCCGAUACUGCGCGGGACACUCUCGGAACCGAGAGUUAGUGUCUUUAAUAACGAGAGUCCGUAAUAGCUGGAUGGAAAUGAAUUUCGUUUAGAAGACAAUCGUAAAUUAACAGCUGUCGCCUGUCCGUAUUAUCGGGUGCCCACAAUACCUAGGUGUCUGCAAGGCGAGAGUUGACUUUAUGAAGAGAACUUCUUGUCCUAAAAAUUCUUGCCAAGACUAUAUGAAUUUCUAAAAAACAGAAAGACUAGUAGGACGAACUUUAUUAUUAGAGCAGUGGUUAAAGUAGACUUCUAUUUCACCCCAACAACUGUUUUUGGCACACAGGCCAUGGACCGCGCCCAUCGCUUGGGCCAGACUCGCCAAGUGACCGUGUACAGACUGGUAACGAAGGGAUCCAUUGAAGAGAGAAUUUUACAGAGAGCUAAAGAAAAGAGCGAGGUUAGAACUCCACUCAGCGUAUUUGCUACGUUAAUAACGCUAUGUCAAGCUCUUUGUCAUAUUUUGAAAAAGCUAAACCGUGUCCUCGCAUCUAUUGAAUUCAAAAAAUCGUGGUACACUGUUGUGAUGUAAGACUAUGGUUAGGUAUUGAAAUUGUUUCCUAUCGUCUGUUGCUACAGAUUGUCAGGAUGGAUGUGGAUUGAAUCUUGGAAAAGUUGGACCAACUUUUUCAAGUUUUAAUGCUCUGCCUGCAAAAGUCAUGAAAAAAAUAUCAUUGUUUGAUAUCUUCAUAACUCUACAGGAUAUUUAUGUAUGGGCAAAUGCACUAAGUAAUGACUUAAGCAUAGAACUGACCUGAAACAGUGAUAUCUUAGUGACAUGAGCACUUUUUCUAAACCUUCUUUUAAUGUUCUGAGCGGUUAUUCGUAUGUUUAACCGUAGUUGGUAUAGGAGACUGGUUUGGAAACCCGGCAAACAUCAAAGUUGAAAACAACGGUGCUGUAGUUUAUAUUGGAAGCUUCCUGACCGAGCACAAUCCUUUGUUUUCUGUUAACAAAUUGUGACUGAAUAAAUUAAUGCAAUGAUUCUAUUGGUCAGUAAGUUCAAAAUGAUAGGAAUGCUAUUGAAUGUUGUGCACGGUCAGGUCCAAAAAAGCUAACAAAAACAUAUAACAAAAGAGUCUAACGGGUUUCAUAACCAUUCCACUUUAAUAAAUAUGGUUUACCUCAAUUAAAUGGUAGUUCCAGCUCUUUGAAAUUUGAUAGGUUUUGUGAUACAUGUACAGUUCCUUUAAUUUGGUUUCCCUCGAAUGUCAAUUGAACCCUGUGCCUCUGGCUUUAGUUGUUAUAUUUGUUCCACACCUUUGGUAAAAUUAUAUUGUCUGGAUUUCAUUUUAGAUUCAGAAAAUGGUGAUAUCGGGAGGCCACUUCAAGCCUGAAGCUCUUAAACCCAAAGAAGUUGUCUCUCUCCUACUUGACGACGCGGAACUGGAAUGCAAAUGUAAGCUUGUGUUACUUGUCAUUCCUUAGUUCGUAAAGCCCCCACUUUCAAAACGAGUCCAAAUGCAAAGCCCUUUUGUGGGAAAAUGAGUUUUAAUUUGAAAGUUGCUUUGAAUUGGUUUUUAUGUAGUACCCAAGACUUUGCUCUUACCCUUGCUUUGUAAAAAAUAUGCUUCCAGCAACUCGCAAGCUCGGACUAGCAUUCUAGUACGGACGGGGUCUAAGCGCACUAUUAUCUUUUUCAAUGUCUUUUGUUCAAACAGUCCUCCAACGUCAAGCUGAAAAGAAGGCAGACGAGCAACGACGGAGAAGAGAAAGGAAAAGGAAAAAGGGUGGAGGACCUGCUGAGGUACUUUUGCGGAAGAUUUUAAAGAAACAAAACAAACUUACAAAUUUGUGAAUAUCUAUAACUAUCCUCUCUUUAAAAUGACGUUUAAAAUGAUGUCUGCUGAGUCCCGAAGGUAGUUUUGCCAGUGUGUCGAAGUUUUGUACCUCGAAACAUGAAUGGCUAAGAUUAACGUUACGGCAAACUUCUUAAUGAGUUAAAACUAUUCCUCAAAGUUAAGAUUUUUGUACUUCAAAUUGGUAACAGGCAGGUUUUAAGGUGGGCAAAUGUCCGUAUCGGCUUGAAAGGACUAUGAAGAACCUAGCUAUCAGACCUGAGUGAUAUUAGCUUAGUGUAACAACAUAUAGGUGAGAAACAGUUAUGGUUCUAACAGUUAUUUGACGUCAUCUGUCAAUUUUUACCGAAUAUUUUUCAAAACGGAAAUAUAAUCUUGUUACCUUAGUCAAACUGCAGUAUUGUAAAAAAAAAAAUCCUUGGGUUGAUAUUUAAACAACAACGAUUCCUUUGUUUUACUACCUAGUUGGACGAAGGCGCGUCCCCAAGCAUCGACGUCAUGGAUGGGACACCCCCCGCUAAGGCCAGGAAAGGGCGCAAAAGUAAGAGCUCUCUUGUACCACCCGUACCAGAAGGGUCCUUAUCUGGCUCCAAACCUGCCUCUGAGACAAGCAGCUUAACUGGCGAGGGAAUGAGCGUGAGGACUGGGGAAGGGUUUGAUGUUGAUGGUACUGUCGGUGAUGACAUAAGCGUGUUGAGUCUGGAUGAAGGUAUGUUGCGUUACUCUUGUUACUGUCACGCUAACUUAAGUGACAUGGUUGCUACAGGUCAGGAAAUGGUCAAGGGAAAAAUUUUAUGAAGGUCUGAAAUUAGAGUACAUGUUUUUGUCGGCUCCUGACGGUCAUGAAUCAUGUUGUAUUAGUAGGAUAUUGUUCGUAAAAUUGAACGACAAGCUGAUGUUGGGUUUUCAAGAAAAUCAAUCCUCGUUUUGUUAAGGAACUGUCAAUUCAUGUACACUGCACGUGACUUGCGGAAAAGAAAGCAUAGAUAAAUGAGUCUAUGAGGGGAGGUGUGAGUCCAUUUUCAGGGCUAAUUUGUGAAACUGUUGAUUCGGUUGGUCGGGAAAAUCUUACAGUUGUUAGGAUUGUAGAAACCUUUGACUGUGGCAACCAUGAGUGAAUUUGUUCCCUUAGAGCUAACUUCAAAUAGACUGAAAAGUCUGGUCGAGUGAAAUCCACGAUAUGUAAAACAAGCUGUAAUACAAAAACUGCUUUUCAAUUACUGUUUUGGAGUCCACAAUUGGAUGAACUGUUCUUUUUGUUCACAGUUUCACUUGCGUCCGCUGAUCUUUCAAUGGACGUUCCUCCAAGUGGCACAGGCACCCCACUCAGUUUGAAACCCGAGGGAGAUGACCUAGAUGUUCCCCGCAGUGAGAAUGCUAGUCCCGCGCUUUCAGACACCUCCAGUAAAAGAGGAAGAGGCAGAGGCCGGGGGAGAGGAAGGGGGCGCGGACUUCCCACUGGUAGGGGACGAGCGUCAUCCAGUAUUCGAGGGACAAGAACCCGAACGCGUGGACGAGGAACAGGCGGAGCUCUUGCUGCUUCCGCAGCGGCUUCAGCUGCCGCCGCAGCUGCAUCUGCUGCUGCGUAUGCAGCCUACGGCUUCUCUUUCCAAGGAACAGGGACACCGAAUCCUACUCCACCGCCCACGCGAUCCAGUCCAGUAGCGUUUGGUGCCGGUGGUUCUGUUGUGUCAGGGUAUAGCAACAUCAGUCAUCCGGUUGCACGGUACGACAGCUCCGCAGGGUACUCCCCUGGUCAGAGUGCGGAAAAUAGCCCGGCUAGACCCUCGUCCCAGGCGUCUUCGCGCUUUACUCAACAGUCAUCAUCUCCGUCAUGA